AUGGGCCCGUUGGACACCGGGUCGCUGGCGCUGGCCGCCUCGCGCGGGUUCGGGGCCCUGGCCGGGCAGCGCGAGGCCGGCGCGGGGGGAGAGGCCGGGCCCGACCCGGCCAUCCUCAGCUCCCUGCUGGACUACCUGAUGACGCGCAACCCGGGCCCGCUGCUGCUGCCCCGGGCCGCUCUGAUCCAGGGCGGCGGCGGCGGCGGCGGCGCGGGCGGCCAGCCGCCGACGGCGCCGCGGGCCGACGAGUGCAGCAUCUGCAUGGACGCGGCGGCCGACACACGCAUACCCACCUGCCUGCACACGCUGUGCCUGGGCUGCGCGGUGCGGCUGGUGGCGGGGAGCGUGGAGAGGCCCAUCUGCCCUUUCUGCAGGGCGGACAUAGAUGGGCUGGAGGGGGUGCGGGCGCGCAAGGCCGUGGAUGUGCCCGCGCCUGUGCUCCUGGGGCUGGACCUGCUGGUGACCGGCUGA